AUGGGGGAGGGUGCCGCCGGUGGGGAUGAAUACCCGCGGUGGCCGCCAGGGGCGCUGUCAUCUAGCUUCAUCGAACACAAGUACUCAUUCAGAGGCAUGUCUUUUUCUGAAAAACGCUUGCUGUCAGUGCGGUCAGACGGGAAGUCUUGCGUUUACUGCAAGUACCAGAGGGUUCUCGCCUAUAACCAGACCUGCAAGAGAAAGAAAAGGGGAAAGGAAAGCGCAAGAAAUGAUGCCGAAAAGAAGCUUUGUCAGAACAUUUCUCAAAAUUUGUCGAGAAUCAAGAAGACAUUCGGAAAUGCAAAAACACAGGUAGCUCGUAUGAAAGCGAAGAACGAGGCAGUUUGCGAAGAGGCGUUUGAAAGUAAAAUUAAGUCUCUUCCCGCAAAACAGCAACUGGCUGUCAAGAGCUGUUUCCUUGCUGCACGACGGAAGUCGCAUAAAGGCAUGCAAUACAACGACGAAUGGAUCGUGGAAUGCAUCAUGAUGAAGAUGCGAAGCCCGAAGUUAUACAAACAUCUUCCCAAAGAAGCCAUUAUGGUACUGCCUGGGAGAAGUUGCCUGCGAAGGUACCUACAGCGUUUCAAGGGCGGCUUUGGCCUCAGUGUCAAUAUCUUUAAUGCCUUGACUGAGAAGACGAAGACCAUGGAUGUUUACAGUCGUCAUGGUGGCCUCGUCAUCGACGAGAUCAAGCUUUCCGAGCAUCUAAAUGUAAAAUCGACUGGUCACAUUGACGGCUUUGUCGACCUCGGGGAUCGUACACCUGCUGACCAGAAGAAUGUGCUGGCAGACCAUGGCAUGGUUGUGUUCUUUCAGCCACUCACUGGAAACUGGACACAAAUCCUUGGUGGUUUUGCGUACAAUGCCAAUGGGAAAUCCACGACACUGGCGAAAAUCAUUGUGGAAACGGCCAUCCUUGCAGAAAACGCUGCUCUAUUUGCGGACUGCAAAACGUGCGACUGUGCCAGCUGGAAUAAAAGCAUGUGGCGGCUGUUUGGAAUACAGGGUUCUUCAAGCCAUGUACGGAGCAGCACCAAGCACCCAGUCAAUCCGAAGAGAUAGCUGUUCUGUGUGUCGGAUUUUCCGCACUUAAUGAAAAACAUGAGAAAUGGAUUUGUUGCAAAAGGGUACCUGACAUCAGCCGGGCAUGUCCACAGUGGCAUCAAUCAAGUAGCUUUCGAAGCUAAUAGGAAAAGUGUUACGCUCAAAGUGAUGCCCAGCAUUACAAAUCCACACAUUAAGCCAAACUCUUUCGAAACAAUGAAGACAGACAUUGCAUUUCAGGUCUUCGGCGACCAGGUCAUCAAAGGUUUUUAUGUACAGGAGCACAUUCAGUCUUUAUAAAAGACUGUGCAGCCAACUGUAGAUUGCGAAAUGAAUCGCCUGAUUCGUGUCAUCACAUCACGGACAAGAGAAAAAGCACUCAAGCCCGACAGUCUAAACAUGCACUUCUUGAUAGGGUUCCUUUAGUACUUGAAAGAGUGGGAGCAGCACGCAAAGCCAGCCGGUGGUGGUUUUCUUACAGAAAGCACAGUUUCUGGACUAAGAGUUACUAUCAAGAUGCCCCUUGAUUUGUUGUCCUACCUAACAUCUACACUUCGCUUCAAACAUCUUUUCACGUCCCGUUUAAGCCAGGAUAAGCCAGAGAACCUUUUUGGAAUAAUCAGACAAUCAUCAGGGUGCAAUGACCACCCAACAGUUGCGCAGUUCCUCGUGACUGUCAAUUUGCUAGCGUUUUACAACCUAGCCAAGUGGGCCAGAGGAGGUAACUACGUCAUCAAAGAUCUGCGCAGCCCAAAUGAGCUCUCUACAACAACGAGCUUUGUGGACAGGAUAGACGGCCUUCUUGACCGUGGAAGCAUCAAUGGCACAGAGGACGUCAUCCAGUCGCUCUUGUCUAGUGACCAUCAGAGCUACACGAGAAAAAAGAGUAACAGUGCUUUGAUCUACUAUGUGGCAGGUUACGUUGCACGAAAGUCAUUAGCAAAAAAUUCUUGUCCACAGUGCGCAAGCUGCCUUUGUGUAAGUAAAGCUGAAGCAAGUGCAGACGCUGCCUCAUACUUCACUACUCAUUUUGACAAUGGAGGCCUUGUGUACCCUAGUGAGAACUUGUCAACCGCUGUAAAGGCCAUGUGAGACGCUUUUACUGGUUUCAAAAACAAGCUACAUGAAGCGAGUUUAGCCGACUUUUCAAGCCAGCUGCAGACACUGGCCUUUCCUCAACAAGGAUGCCCACAGCAUGAGAAAGAAGCUUUGGUAGCUGUUGUCAAGUUCUAUGUUCUCUUGAGGUUUGGCUUUUUUGUAGAAGGCAUCAACAAAGAGAGAGAAACAAAAAUGGAACAGAAAACGCUCCUUAAACUGCGCCGCUGCCAUAAGAUCUAUAACUUAAUUCAUUCUUCAUUUCCGCCCCAUCCUCCGGAGCGCACUCUCUGUGGAGAGUCGCCCGCCACCUUAGACCACAUUAUCUUUGGCUGCCCUGCCGAUCCUCUCCCGCAGGGGCAGCCCGCCAUCACAGCAUGGGAGGCCCUCCUUGCGCCGCAGGUUCUGGGCGCACAGCCUCGCUCUGUGGACCGGGGCGCGAGUGCCCUGGCGCUGCUGGGUCUGGUCACGCAGGCGUAA